AUGGUCGGCGACGGAAGCCCGGACGAGAUCCUCUGCGCCGGGUACCUCACCAAGCGCGGCCACGUCGUGACCAACUGGAAGACGCGCUUCUUCGUGCUGCGGCCGCACGCGAUCCUGUGCUACUACGCCGACGAGUCGAUGGCCAAGAAGCUCGGCCAAGUGCACCUCGUCAAGGUCGCGCCGUGGGAGUACGUCUCGGCGACGACGGCCAACAGCAUCCUCAAGUCGACGCGUGGCAGCGACGAGAUGAAGUUUGGCUUCAUGUUCUUCACGACCAAGCGCGUCGCCUACUACGUCUACGCGAACGUCAACGCCGAGCGUCAAAAGUGGCUGCUCGCCCUCCAAGACCUCUACGUCGUCACGUCCAACGCGACCGACUGCGAGGGCUACCUCACGAAGCGCACGCCCGGCUUUUCGUUCCUGAGCUCUCGCCCCAAGUACUAUGUGCUCACGGGCACGCUCCUCAAGUGCUACCACGACGAGGAGGGCUACCGCGGCCACGACGUGCCCUCGGCCAAGAUCCACAUCAAGACCGUCGGCAAGUGGGAAGACGGCCUCAUGGUGCAGUCCGAGACAGGCUCGAUGCUGUACCUCUCGACGUCGCACCCGGACGACCAGGAGCGCUGGAUGCGCUCUGUCACCACCAACGUCGCGUCUGCCAUCAAGCCGAUUUCGUGUGCUGGGUACCUCACCAAGCAAGGGCACCGGCGCAAGAGCUGGAAGCGGCGCUACUUUGUGCUCCGAGGCGGCACCUUGGCGUACUACGCCGACUACGACUCGAUGAACAAGCAGAGUUUGGCCGAGGUCGGCGUCGAAGACGUCGCGCUCUGGGACGGCGAGCAGUUUGGCUUCCAGUUCAUCACGACCGAGCAAGUGCCCUACUACGUCUUUGCUGAGAGCGACCGCGAGCGUCAAAAGUGGAUGGUGGCCCUCCAGACGCUCGUCCGGACCCACAGCGCACCGCUGCACAUCCCGAACGUCCUCGCACCGCCCAGCAGCAGCAACGCCAAGUGCUGUCCCAAGUGCCGGCACAUGGUUACCGGCUCGCGCUUCUGUGGCUCGUGCGGCCACAACGUCGACCUGCCGUACAACAAGCCGCCAAUGGUGCCCCGUGACGGCAGCGAGCAGAGUGCGUACUCGAGCCGGAGCACGUCGCCGGCGCACCGCAUGAGCGUCCAAGUACCGCCCCGAGGUCCGCCGCCGCCGCACCACCACAACAACCAGCAGGACCACGACGAUCUGCUGCAUGACAUGGAGGCGCUCUCGGAAGGUGCGCAGCACCUCCUCAUUGCGGUGCUGGAGGCGUCGCCGCGCGCAAGCGACCUCAAGCGCGUCACGACAGCGUUGAACGACCUCAGCGGCGCCUCCAACUCGUUUGUGAUGCUCGAAUCGGUCGACGUCGACGUCGACAACAACGGCGACGACGAGCUCGACGAAGCGCUCGCCAAGGCCGAUUUACACAGCAACGACGACGACGAUGCGGUGCGCGCGUCGAUCGUGCAUCAUGAUAAAGUCGUGGUCGUGCCGCCGACGCACGAAGAGGAAGACUACUCCGAGUCAGAGGACGAAGCGCAUCCAAACCAACAUGAGGAUCCGCCGCCGAUGCGCCCAUCGCUUCUCUCGGCCUCUUCCAUCGAGGAAGAAACCAAAGACGACGACAACCAGAAGCCGUCACCAGUCGCUGCGUCGUCCAGCGACGACCUCGCCAACGACGACAUACUGCCGCGCCAAAGCUCGUUUGGGGAGCUCGACUUGAAGGGCAUCAUCGGCCUCGAGAAGGAAGACGAGGUCGCUCCGCGGCCAAUGGCAGCGACGGUCGUCGAUACGGCCAAGAGCCUCGGCCACUACUUGGAGACCAAGUGCAACAUGGAGUCGCUGUACCUUCCGUCCAAGGAGGCGCCGCUGCGCUGCCGCAUCUACGCGUCCAAGCACUAUACGCAGAUGGAGAAGCUCCUCGUCUUCAUUGGCGACUCGGGCUCGCUGGGGGCGUGGAAGCACGCCGAGUCGCACGCCGCCGACGACAUGGACCACCCGUUCUCGAUGCGCUCGUACAUUGAGCGUGCGCUCCACGACGGCUACGGCGUCCUCGUCUGCAAUCCGUUUCUCAACGCGGCGAUCGUGUACGAAGACCACGGCCAGUCGCGUGCUGUGCCGAUCCCGUACUCAGCCUCGCCCAACGAACACGUCGCGACGGUGUGGACCAACUUGAUUUACUCGGCAGUCUCGUGCCCCGUGGACUUUGUCGUCGCGGGCGCCGGCGGCCUCACGCUCCUCAACUUGCUCGUGCAAAACGAAGAGACGACCGCCGAGCGCAUUCGCCGCAUCGCGCUCCUCCAGUCGACGCACACGGUCGACACGCACUUGAGUCUCGUCGUGCUGGAAACCCUCGGGCGCCGUGCGAUCAACUGGGAGGGGGCGGUGGGCCUCCCUCUCUGCGGCCAAGUCGUCGGCUCCCAGAGCCGCGUCGGCUGCGUCUGCCUCUCGACGGGCUUCAAAGACGAGAGCAACGACGACGAAGCGGCACCCGAGACGCCGUAUGCGCUGCCGCUCUCGUCGGCGCAUGUGAAAGCGAUGGAGUCGGCCAUCUUUGCGUUCCUCUUGUCCAACCCGCCGGUGCCUGGCAUGACGGCGAUCGUCAAGGACAUGCGUAGCACGCUUCGCAAGGGCAAAGGCGUCUUCGCGACCAAGUCGGCGAGAGCCGCGCUUCCCAAGCCGUCUCCGGAAGCUGCGACGCCGAUGCGGGCCACGUCGUCUUCGUCGUCGGUGUCAACCGCGCCCUCGUCGGUCACGUCGUUCCAGCCCCGGGGCGCCGGCAACCCGGCGCUGGCUGGCAUCUAUGUCCCAGGCUCCAAGAGCAACAGCAGUAUCUUUCAAGUCGUACAGAAACGUCACAUGCAGGCCAAGGAGAGCACUCGGGGCGCGCCGAUCAGCAUCAAGGACUUUGAGCUGCUCAAGGUCGUCGGCCAAGGCGGUUUUGGCAAAGUGUUUCUUGGCAAGAAGAUCGCGGGUGAAAACACGGGCGAGAUCUACGCCAUCAAGGUGCUCCAGAAGGACCAGGUGCUCUCGAGCGGCCUCGUGCACACGACGAUGGCCGAGCGGCACAUUCUCAUUGAGGUCGCGCACCCGUUCGUCGUCAAGCUCCACUACGCGUUCCAGUCGCAGUCCAAACUCUUCCUUGUCAUGGACUACCUCAGCGCGGGCUCGCUCGCUGUCCAUUUGCGCCGCGUCCGCAAGUUCCAAGAGAGCCACGCGCGCUUCUACGCGGCCGAAAUCGCCGCUGCAAUCGCGCAUCUCCACCAGAUCAACAUCAUUUACCGCGACGUCAAGCUCGAGAACGUGCUCAUGGACCACGAAGGGCACGUGAGCAUCGCCGACUUUGGUCUUUCCAAGCAAGGCGUCUCGGGCCUCAAGGGUGCCAAGACCUUUUGCGGCACGGCCGCCUACAUUGCGCCCGAGCUCCUCAAGGGCCAGACGUACGGCAAGGCGGCCGAUUGGUGGUCGUUUGGCAUCCUUCUCUACGAAAUGAUCGGCGGCAAGCCGCCGUACUACCACCGCAACCGUGAUAUCAUGUUCCAGACGAUCCUCAAGCAGCAAUGGGUGACGUUUACGGCCGGCUUCUCGGACGCGGCCGUCGACCUCAUCCGCGGCCUCCUCAACCGCGACCCGCUCCAUCGGCUCGGGAGCGGCCCUGCAGGGUCGGACGAAGUACUCAUGCACCCGUUCUUCAACGAGUUUGAUUGGGCGCAGCUGCUCCAGCGCAAGGUGACGCCGCCCUUUGACCCGCGCGUGAGCAAGACGGACACGGUGUUUGUCCCUCGGAACGUCAACCAGAAUGCGGUCACGGCCCGCGACCGCACCGGCUCGAUCCUCCAAAACCACGACGUCGGCGAGUUUCGCGGGUUUAGCUUCAUCUCGCGACCCGACGACGACCUUCCAUGAGCGUGUUGUAGACAGUAUACUUUUUCCCCUUGGUCUAGUUCAACGGUGGCACUGUCCAGCAGGG